CUCCGAGCCAUGGCCCCGGCGCUGCUGCUGCUGCUCCCGCGGCUCCUGCCGCCGCUGCUGCUGCUGCCGGGACACGCUGCCACAGCCAGGCUGGAGGAGAAGCUUGCCCAUGUGGAGAAGUAUGAGAUGGUGACACCACACAAGGUGCUGGUGCCUCGGGGGAAGAGGGACCUCUCUGGGCCACCGAGCAUCUACCCGGACCUUGUUCUCUACAACAUCCAUGCUGAAGGCAGAGACUACCUCCUUUGGCUGGAGAAGAACAAGGAGCUGCUGGGGCAGCACUACACCGAGACACACUACUCAGCCGAGGGCAUGGAGGUGACAGAGAAGCCAGACACUCAGGAUCACUGCUUCUACCAGGGCCAUGUGCAAGGACACACCGACUCGGCUGCCAGCAUCAGCACCUGUGGUGGGCUCAGUGGGUUUUUCCGGGUUAACGAGACCACCUUCCUGCUGGAGCCCCUGGAGGAGGACGCGGCCGGCCAGCACGCGGUGUACAGAGCAGCCCACCUGCGCGGCAAGCGCGGCACGUGCCCCCACCCUGGGGCCAGCCUGGAGUAUGACCAUGAGCCCCAAAUCCCUGCGGCCAUGAAGCUCUACCACUGGAAAUCAGCUCCAUUACACAAAGGACCCCGAUACGUGGAGCUGGUCCUGGUGGUGGACAACAAGGAGUUCAGGAAACACAAGGACUUGCGCACUGUGCAGAACCGCAUGAAGGAGAUCGUGAACCACGUUGACAAGCUUUAUCAACCUCUUCGCCUGCGGGUGGCCUUGAUCGGCUUGGAGGUGUGGAGUCACAGGGACAAAAUCGUGGUCAGUCCCAACCCAGAGGUGACGCUGGACAACUUUCUCCACUGGCGGGAGGUAGAGCUGCUGCGGAGGAAGCCACACGACAAUGCCCAGCUGAUCACGGGCAUAGACUUCCAUGGCACGACCGUAGGGCUCGCCAAGAAGCUUGUGAUGUGCACCAGGGACUCAGGCGGUGUCAACCAGGACCAUAGCAUGAAUCCUAUUGGCGCUGCAUCCACCUUGGCUCACGAGAUGGGGCACAACCUGGGGAUGUCUCAUGAUGAAGACGUUGGCUGCCGCUGUCAUGUCCUCAAAGCUGAUGGAGGAUGUGUCAUGGCAGCAAGUGUUGGCUUGGUGUACCCCAAGCGCUUCAGCCGCUGCAGUGAGCAGGACAUGUGGCAGUUCCUGGGAGACCCCAGGACCAGCUGCCUGCUGAACGUCCCCAAGGCAGAGGAGCUGUUUGGGGGACCAGUGUGUGGGAACCAGUUUGUGGAGCGGGGAGAAGAGUGUGACUGCGGCACGCCAGAGGAGUGCUCCGACCGUUGCUGCAAUGCCACCACUUGCCAGCUGAAAGAGGGAGCCGAGUGUGCCCAGGGUGACUGCUGCCAGGACUGCAAGGUGAAGGCGGCUGGUGUGCUCUGCCGGGCCAGCAAGAACGACUGUGACCUGCCCGAGCACUGCAGCGGCCUCAGCCCCAGGUGCCCAGAGGACGUCUUCCAGGAGAACGGCGUCCCCUGCCAGCACGGCACCGGCUACUGCUACAACGGGGCCUGCCCCUCGCGUGGCGAGCAGUGCCGUGCGCUCUGGGGCACAGAGGCCCAGGUGGCUCCUGAUGUCUGCUUUAAGCACAAUAGUGAGCACCAUCUUCACCUCCACUGCCUGACCGAGUACGGGAAGCAGCCCUGUAGCCCCAAGGAUGUGAAGUGUGGGACGCUGCUGUGCCUGAGUGACAAUGCCACCCCCAUCCUCGGUGGUGGCUCCUACUCCCUCUUCUUCGGUCGCGUCAAGUGCAAGGCGGUCAUUGCCAGCAGCGACGCCAGUGAGGUGGUGGCCAAGCUCAGGCUGGUGCCCACUGGCACCAAGUGCGGAGAGGAGAUGGUCUGCUACGCCGGGCGCUGCCAGAGCCUCCUGGUCUACGGCAACAAGAACUGCUCGGCCAAGUGCAACAACCAUGGGGUGUGCAACCACAAGCGGGAGUGUCACUGCGAGCUGGGCUGGGCAGGGCCCCACUGCCAGCAGGAGAUCUCAGGGAUGGUGGCAGGGAGCAGCAGGGUGGUGAUGGUGGCCACGCUGGCCGUGCCGCUGCUCGGUGGCAUCCUGCUGGGCAGCGCCGUGGUGCUCCUCAGGGGCAGGGCAGCCAGACGCCACCACAAAGGGACCCCCAGCAGACCUGCUGCUGGCCUCGCCAACCCACUCUUCCAGGAGAGCGGGCGGCUGCCCCGCCAGCAGCUGUCCCACCUGGACAUCGGCCACCCCAGCCUGCUGAGCAGCACAGCAGCCCCCCGGGACACCCGGCCCCUGUGGCCCUGCUGCCCUGCCCCACAGCCACCAGCACCAGUCCCCCAGGCGCCAACUCCAGCCCCUCCAGGAGGGCAUCUGCAGGCAAAGCCAAAGCCACCCAGCAAGCCUCUCCCAGCACUGAAGAGCAAGAUCCUGUCCCAUGGUGAGGGGCCACCAGGACCAGACCUCCAUCAGCUGCCACCAGCACCUCCCUCAGUCUUGCAGCAGGGUGUUCCCCUGAAGGUGGCCCUGAAGCCACCCCCGGCCUGGAGGUGACCAAGGAUAUUCCAUCCACUGUGGCAGUCAAGUUGGUGGCUGUGGCACUAGGGUGGCAUUGCUGGGGAGCCACCAUCUCAUUUCCACCCUUGCUUGGAUUGCCCACCAGACGCUCCCCCGAGGGGGGACACAAGUGUUUACAGAUACUUCAGUUGUGCCUUUAGCAGACUUUGUAGCCUCACAGCUGGCCCAGGGAGAGCCAUCAUCUGGAGUUUCUUGAGGAGACCAGGACCAAGGACAAUACCAGCUCUGGUUUUGAGGCAGCCCUGAGUUGGCCCCCUGUGUGCUGGGAGCUGCUGCCUACUAGCACCACAUUCUGUGUCCUGCUCCUCCUGCCCCUUCCCUGCUGGGGCCAUGGUGAGGAGCUUCUGGCGUGGUCUGUGAAACUGGCCUUGGCAGGAGUUCUGCAUUGCUGGGACCAAGCCCUGGGGAAACCACCCAGGCUGGGGACAGUCACACAGGGGGGGACCCAGGUCCAAGCCUUGCUUGGCCUCCCUGCAGGGCUUUGACCUCUGAAGUUAUCACUGAUAUUACUGCUCUCCCAAAAGGGAAUUUACUAGGAGCCUUUUUACUGCAGCCAUUAACUGAUGCCCCUUCUGGAACCAC